UGGAUUAGAUUGUAGUUUGCAGCAAAAUUUAUCCUUUAUUGGUUAACCUAAUCAUUCAAAGUUGAAUUUGCCGUAAAAAUCAAAUAAUAAUGUGUAAAAAUAUAAUUGGUACGAUGAAAUAAACCUAUUGAACAAUCAGUGCGGUUUUCGAGCGUAACGUUUCAUGGUGCCUUUAAUUUUGCUCAUUAUAUUUACCCGAUAUGCAGUUUGUUAAUCCCAGAAUAGCAGCUACAAUAUUAGGAUUGUCAAUAUGUGCUAGCUAUGUGGUGUAUCUAUUAUACAAAAGAGAUGACGAUGAUGAUGAUAUCGACGGCUCUUUGCCCAUAAGAGCAAAUUAUAAGACACUAGAAGUAAAAAUUCCAAAACCUAUGGUAAACGUCCUAAUAGGAAGAAAUGGGAAAAACAUCAAAUCAGUUGAAGCAGAGACCAACACAAGAAUUCAUUUCAAAGAUAGUGAUGAACAUAAAGAGCAAAUUUGCAUUGUCAAAGGCAAAGCAGAUGAUUGCUACAGAGCUGAAAAUAUUAUUCAAGAGUUCCUAUCAAAUCAAACUAUUAUUGAAUGUGAUGAAAUGUGGAUAGAACAGCAGUAUAUUGGUAAAAUAAUUGGUAGAUGUGGAGAGCAGAUAACAGAUAUCAUUGCUAGAUCUGGAGCAAAAGUUAACGUAUCUGAUGGAGACAGAUAUGAAUCCACUCGUAGAAUCAUUAUCAAAGGUUCAAAAAGUCAAAUAGAUGUAGCCAAAUCUUUAAUAAACGAGAUAGUAGAGAAGUGCCAAUCACGUCAGUCGCAGCUAGAUGAGUCUCUAUCACGAAGGGAACCAAGACUCCCCCCAAAGGCUCCCAGUCCCAAUCCCUCUGAAGCCCUAGGUUUCGAAAAAAUUUCUCCAUCACCUGGACAGUCAGAAUCUCCUUUUGAAGUUUAUGUGUCUGCAAUGAUAGAUCCGUCCCACUUCUGGGUCCAAAUAGUGGGUCCCAAAGCUACAGAACUCGAUCAACUAGUCGAAGAAAUGACGGAAUACUACAACAAUCCAAAUAACGUUGAAUUUCACAUACUUCAAAAGGUCGAACCUGGAGAUCUGGUGGCCGCACUGUUUCCUUAUGACAGCAAAUGGUAUAGGGCAGAAGUUCUUGCCGUUCACGCAGAGAACGGUAAAGAGCCUCAUGCUGAGUUGUAUUUCCUAGACUAUGGCGAUACAGACGUGUGCCCCUCAAAGUCGAUUUACGAACUACGUACUGACUUCUUGAGAUUACAUUUUCAAGCCAUCGAAUGCUAUUUGGCGCGAGUCGAACCCGCGGGGGAGUGUUGGUCCGACGAAGCAAUCGACUAUUUUGAAGAGUGUACGCAUGUUGCACAAUGGAAAAAGCUUUCGGCACGAAUAAAUGGUUAUCAUAACCGACAGAAAACGAGAGCUAAACGCGAGGUGUCUCCUGUCCCCGGACUCGACUUGUACGAUGUCGUCAACAAUCAGGACUUGAACGUGGCGCAGAACCUGGUGGAGCACGGCUACGCCGUAUUCAAAGAGGACGAGGGGAGAUCGAGCAGAGCAUCAAGUAUUAACAAUGUAAACGCAACAACAGCACCAGAGUCCACAGUGGCGUAGCCAUGAGGAGGAUCUUCUGAAGGCAAGUAGUCAAUAUGUCUUGCUUUAAUAGUAUUUUUUUUUUCUGUAUAUAGAAAUGGUCCCGUUCAUUUUUUAAUAAUAAUAAAGUAAUUUUGUAAGGUA